AAUAUCUGCGGAACUUCACUUUUGUGACCAGAAACCCGUGCCGAGAGCCCAGAUUUUAUGCCGUGAGUGACACAGCAAUCGACCUGAUGUGUACAGGCUAUGGACUCCAGACAACGGUUACUAUCAGCGGGCCAACUGUUGGACACCUCUGUUCGGUUCAUGGGGCCAUAGGUCGAAAUCUGGUACAGAGAAAGAGGACCUGGCAGUCGUCCAACAGCUCAGACCAUCCAGAGUGGGGUCUGUCUGCAAACGCCAUCGACGAAAACACAAGGAACAUCUACGACGAGAACAGUUCCUGCAGUCAAACCGGUGUGCAGGCGAACCCGCAAUGGGGAGUCGAUUUUGGUUAUCCAGUUGUGUUACAGAACUUGGAGGUCUAUAAUCGGAACA